CCGCAGCCCGGGCUCUGGAAUGCAGCCCCCUUCACUGUUGCUGCUGCUGCUGCUGCUUCGCUCGGCAAGAAGGACCAGGGGUGAGGCCCUGAAGGCCAGAGGGCUGCCCUGUGGGAAUUUCUCAGAACCCUGUGCCAACGGAGGCACCUGCCUGAGCCUGUCUCAGGGCCAAGGCACCUGUCAGUGUGCUCCUGGCUUCCUGGGUGAGACAUGCCAGUUUCCUGACCCCUGCCAGGAUGCCCAGCUCUGCCAGAAUGGGGGCAGUUGCCAAGCUCUGCUUCCUGUCCCCGGGGUCUCCCCUAGCCCCCCCUCUCCCUUGACCCCCACCUUCCUCUGCACCUGCCCCUCGGGCUUCACUGGUGAGAGGUGUCAGGCCCAGCUCAAGGACCCCUGUUCUUCCUUCUGUUCCAAAAUGGGCCACUGCCACAUCCAGGCCUCAGGACUCCCGCAGUGUUCCUGUUUACCUGGGUGGACAGGUGAGAAGUGCCAGUUUCGGGACUUCUGCUCCGCCAACCCCUGCAUGAACGGAGGGGAGUGUCUGACCACCUACCCCCAGAUCCAGUGCCGCUGCCCACCUGGCUUCGAGGGCCACGCCUGUGAGCGCGACAUCAAUGAGUGCUUUCUGGACCCGGGGCCCUGCCCCGAGGGCGGCACCUGCCACAACACCCUGGGGUCCUUCCAGUGUCUCUGCCCAGCUGGGCGGAAAGAUUCCCGCUGCGAGCUCUGGCCAGGACCCUGUCCCCCAACAGGUUGUCCCAAUGGGGGCGCCUGCCAGCUGGUUCCAGAGAGAGACUCUGCCUUCCACUUCUGCCUCUGCCCCCCAGGUCUCACAGGCCCAGGCUGCGAGGUGAAUCUAGAUGACUGUGUCAAGCACCAGUGUCAGAAUGGGGGCACCUGCCAGGAUGGCCUGGGCACCUACACCUGCCUCUGCCCAGAGGCCUGGACAGGUUGGGAUUGCUCUGAAGAUGUGGACGAAUGUGAACCCUGGCGUGCCCCUCGCUGCAGAAACGGGGGCACCUGCCAGAACUCAGCCGGUGGCUUCCACUGCGUGUGUGUGAGCGGCUGGGGGGGCACAGGCUGCGAGGAGAACCUGGACGACUGCGCCGCCGCCACCUGUGCCCCAGGAUCCACCUGCAUCGACCGUGUGGGCUCCUUCUCCUGCCUCUGCCCACCUGGCCGCACAGGCCUCCUGUGUCAUAUGGAGGACAUGUGUCUGAGCCAGCCGUGCCACGGGGAAGCCCAGUGCAGCACCAACCCCCUGACGGGCGCCACUCUCUGCCUCUGUCAGCCUGGCUACGCAGGGCCCACCUGCCACCAGGACCUGGAUGAGUGCCAGAUGGCCCAGCAAGGCUCCGGCCCCUGUGAACACGGCGGCUCCUGCCUCAACACACCUGGCUCCUUCAACUGCCUCUGUCCCCCUGGCUACACGGGUUCCCGCUGCGAGGCCAAUCACAAUGAAUGCCUGUCCCAGCCCUGCCACCCAGGCAGCACCUGCCUGGACCUGCUAGCCAACUUCCACUGCCUCUGCCCUCCAGGCUUAGAAGGUCGCCUCUGUGAGCUGGAGACAGACGAGUGUGCCUCUGCUCCUUGCCUGAACCAGGCCGACUGCCACGACCAGCUCAACGGCUUCCACUGCACUUGCCUGCCCGGAUUCACAGGCUCCCGGUGCGAGGAAGAUAUCAACGAGUGUGACAGCUCUCCCUGUGCCAACGGCGGGCGCUGCCAGGACCAGCCAGGGUCCUUCCACUGUGAAUGUCUCCCAGGCUUUGAAGGCCGGCGCUGCCAGGCCGAGGUGGACGAGUGUCUGAGCGGCCCGUGCCCCACGGGUGCCAGCUGCCUUGACCUCCCAGGAGCCUUCUUCUGCCUCUGCCCCUCUGGCUUCACAGGUCAUCUCUGUGAGGUUCCCCUUUGUGCCCCCAACCUGUGCAAGCCCAAGCAAAACUGCCAGCACCAGGGGGACACGGACCACUGCCUCUGCCCAGACGGAAGCCCCGGCUGUGCCCCAGCUGAGGACAACUGCACCUGCCAGCACGGGCACUGUCAGAGAUCCUCAUGUGUGUGUGACGUGGGUUGGACAGGACCAGAGUGUGAGGCAGAGCUGGGAGGCUGCAUCUCCACGCCCUGUGCCCAUGGGGGAACCUGCCACCCUCAGCCCUCUGGCUACAACUGCACGUGCCCCACAGGCUACACAGGGCCCGCUUGCACUGAGGAGGUGACAGCUUGUCACUCGGGACCCUGCCUCAAUGGUGGCUCCUGCAGCCCCAGCCCUGGGGGCUACUCCUGCACCUGCCCUCCAAGCCACACCGGGCCCCGCUGCCAGACCAGCACCGACCACUGUGCCUCUGCCCCGUGCCUCAAUGGGGGUACCUGUGUGAACAGGCCUGGCACCUUCUCCUGCUCCUGUGCCACUGGCUUCCAGGGCCCACGCUGUGAGGGAAGGAUCCACCCCAGCUGUGCAGACAGCCCCUGCAGAAACAGGGCUACCUGCCAAGAGGGACCCCAGGGCCUCCGCUGCCUCUGCCCUGCUGGCUACACCGGAAGCAGCUGUCAGACUCUGAUGGACUUAUGUGCCCAGAAGCCCUGUCCACGCAACUCCCACUGCCUCCAAACCGGGCCCUCCUUCCAGUGCCUGUGCCUCCAGGGAUGGACUGGGCGUCUCUGUGAAGUCCCGCUGUCCUCCUGCCAGAAGGCUGCCCUGAGCCAAGGCACAGAAGUCUCUUUCCUGUGCCAGAACGGAGGCCUCUGCAUCGACAGUGGCCCCUCCUAUUUCUGUCACUGUCCCCCUGGAUUCCAAGGCAGUAUGUGCCAGGACAGGGUGAACCCAUGCCAGUCCAGGCCCUGCCAACAUGGGGCCACCUGCGUGGCCCAGCCCAACGGGUAUCUCUGCCAGUGCGCCCCAGGCUACUAUGGACAGAACUGCUCAAAGGAACCUGACGCUUGUCAAUCCCAGCCCUGUCACAACCAUGGGACCUGCACCCCCAAACCUGGAGGUUUCCACUGUGCCUGCCCUCCAGGCUUUGUGGGGCUGCGCUGUGAGGGGGAUGUGGACGAGUGUCUGGAUCAACCUUGCCACCCCACGGGCACCGCAGCCUGCCACUCUCUAGCCAACGCCUUCUACUGUCAGUGUCUGCCUGGGCACACAGGCCAGUGGUGUGAAGUAAAGAUAGACCCCUGCCAGAGCCAGCCCUGCUCCCAUGGAGGGUCUUGUAAGGCCACAGAAGGACUGCCCCCGGGUUUCACCUGCCACUGCCCCCAGGGUUUUGAAGGCCCUACCUGCAGCCACAGAGCCCCCUCCUGCGGCCUCCAUCACUGCCACCACGGUGGUCUAUGUCUGCCCUCCCCCAAGUCUGGCUUCCCACCCCGCUGUGCCUGCCUCAAUGGCUACAGGGGCCCUGACUGCCUGACCCCACCUGCUCCUCAAGGCUGUGGCCCUCCAUCCCCUUGCCUACACAACGGCAGCUGCUCAGAGGCCUCCAAGCCGGGGGGCCCAAGCUUUCGAUGCUCCUGCCCUCCCAGCUCCCUCGGGCCCCGGUGUCAGAUUCCUAGAGCAGAGGGAUGUGAGGGCAAAGGUGGAGAUGGGGCUUGUGAUGCUGGCUGCAGUGGCCCAGGAGGAAACUGGGAUGGAGGAGACUGCUCCCUAGGGGUCCUGGACCCCUGGAAGGGCUGCCCCUCCCACUCCCGCUGCUGGCUUCUCUUCCGGGAUGGGCAGUGCCACCCGCAGUGUGACUCUGAAGAAUGUUUGUUUGAUGGCUAUGACUGUGAGACUCCUCCAGCCUGCACUCCAGCCUAUGACCAGUUCUGCCGUGAUCACUUCCACAAUGGGCACUGCGAGAAAGGCUGUGACACUCCCGAGUGUGGCUGGGACGGAGGCGACUGCAGGCCCGAGGACAGGCGCUCAGAGUGGGGGCCCUCCCUGUCCCUGCUGCUGGUGCUUAGCCCCCCAGCCCUGGACCAGCAGCUGCUUGCCCUGGCCCGGGGACUGUCCCUGACGCUGAGGGUAGGGCUCUGGGUGAGGAAGGAUAGUGAUGGCAGGAACAUGGUGUACCCCUAUCCUGGGGCCCAGGCCGAAGAGGAGCUGGGAGGAAUCCCAGACCCCUCUCAUCAGAAGACAGCAGCCCCUCAAAAGCAGCCUGCGGGCAAGGAGACAGACUCCCUCAGCACAGGGUUUGUGGUGGUGAUGGGUGUGGAUUUGUCCCGCUGUGGCCCUGACCACCCUGCAUCCCGCUGUCCCUGGGACCCUGGGUUCCUGCUCCGCUUCCUUGCUGCCAUGGCCGCCGUGGAGGCCCUGGAGCCCCUACUGCCGGGCCCCCUGCUGGCUGCCCACCCUCGUGCAGGCACCGCGGCCCCCGCCAACCAGCUUCCCUGGCCUGUGCUGUGCUCACCGGCGGCCGGGGUGCUUCUCCUAGCCCUCGGGGCCCUUCUGGUCCUCCAGUUCAUCCGGCGGAGGCGCCGAGAGCAUGGGGCCCUCUGGCUGCCCCCUGGGUUCACUCGAAGGCCUCGUACUCAGCCAGCUGCCCGCAGACGCCGGCCCCCACUGGGCGAGGACAGCAUCCGCCUCAAGGCACUGAAACCAGAAGCCGAAGUUGGUGAGGAUGGAGUUGUGAUGUGCUUGGGCCCUGAGGAAGGAGAGGAGGGAGGCCAGGCUGAAGAAAUGGCCUCAGCCUCCAAGUGCCAGCUCUGGUCUCUGAGUGAUGACUGUCAGGAGCUCCCCCAGGCAGCCAUGCUGACCCCUCCGCAGGAAUCUGAGAUGGAUAUCCCUGAUGUGGACACCCAUGGACCUGAUGGGAUGACACCCCUGAUGUCAGCAGUCUGCUGUGGAAGAGUGGAGACCAGGACCUUCCAGAGAGUGUGGCUGGAAAGUUCUGAGCCCUGGGAACCUCUGUUAGAUGGAGGGGCCUGUCCCCAGGCUCACACUGUGGGCACUGGGGAGACCCCUCUGCACCUGGCUGCCCGAUUCUCCCGGCCAACGGCUGCCCACCGCCUCCUUGAGGCUGGAGCUAAUCCCAACCAGCCAGACAGAGCAGGGCGCACCCCCCUUCACACCGCUGUGGCUGCUGAUGCUCGGGAGGUCUGCCAGCUCCUACUCCGCAGCAGACAGACUGCAGUGGAUGCGAGGACAGAGGAUGGGACCACGGCCCUGAUGCUGGCUGCCAAGCUGGCGGUGGAGGACCUGGUUGAAGAACUGAUUGCAGCCCAAGCAGAUGUGGGGGCCAGAGACAAAUGGGGGAAAACCGCUCUGCACUGGGCCGCCGCCGUGAACAACGCCCGGGCCGCCCGUUCCCUCCUGCAGGCCGGAGCCGAUAAAGACGCCCAGGACGGCAGGGUUAGACCGGGUAGAGGGCCCCCCAAAACGGGUGCUGGCGGGGGAACAGCGCGAGAGCUUCCCGAAACCAGAGGGGGAGGACCGGCAGCGAGGUUCCCGGCGGGCAUGCGCGGGCCGAGGCCCACCCCCGCAAUGGCGCGCGGGAGAUCCGGGGCGGGCGCCGGGAGCGGGGCUGUGGCCUCAGCUGACUGGCCCUGUGAUUGGGUGUCCUUGGGAGCCUGCGGCCCCGCCUCUCACACUCCGAUCCCGCCUCCUUGCCUUACUCCGUCCCCAGAGCGGGCGUCGCCUCAAGUUGCCUGGGGUCCCCCAGCCCACCAAGUAAUACCUUUAAAUGUAGUAAGCGAAGGUCAAAAGUAGAAGGCUCAUGGCAAGGUGGGAUUCGAGAGCUCUCGAGCCCCAAAAGUAGGGGAUCGGGAAUAUAGCACUCCUCCCGAAUGACUGUAUGCCCACUCACAACCGUCAUCGUCUCCACGUGGAGAAGAUGCAGCCCUGGAAAGGGUUUAGGCGCUGGGAUGAAGUGGGCCCAGCCCCUAUCCCAGAAAGUUAGGGUGAGGGCCUACAGGAGGGUGGGAUGGAGCAGGCUAAGUACCCUGAACUGCAACCAAGGACUAGAUAGGAUGUAGGAUGUUCUUUCCCGUACAGUAUAUGGUUCCCAACGGGAGCCUUUAUAUCACCCCCACUACCUACAAACAGUUGACAAAUAUUUAUUAAGCACCUGCUAUAUGCCAGGCACUGCAGGUGCUGGUAUGGGGAGCACCAAGGGCCAUUCCAGCUGAUGACUCCUUGCAUUCUCAACCUUCCCUCCCCAAACAGGGAUGAAGCGCCACUCUCCUAGGCACUGCUAUCUCUAUUUAAGAACCCCAAAUAAUAAAGAUAAUAAAUGAUAUAAAUGA